AUGGUGUCUUUAUUCAAAGAAAAGAAAUGUGACGUGCUAAUUUGUGGUGCAGGUCCCGUUGGCCUAUUCCUCGCCAAUGAAUUAGCUGAUUUUGAAAUUAAUUUCCGUAUCAUUGAAAAGGUCAAAAAGCUUCCGAAUUUUUCAAAGGCUCUCUUAGUAGCACCCAGAACUUUGGAAAUUUUUGAUAAUAGGGAUCUUAUCGGACCAUUUUUGGAACAUGGUGUCAAAGUAAAAGAUUUUUGUGUAUACCAAAGCACUUCAAACAUUAGUAACCCGCUUAAAGUCAACAUGAGUAGCAUGAACACCACCUUUCCCAUUGGAUUAAUGGUCCGUCAAAAUAAGACUGAUGAUUAUCUAAUUGAUGCUCUACACAAAAAGAAAUCAAUAGGAAAGAAAAAUGUUCCUAAUGUUGAAUUCGGCAUGGAACUGUUGAGUCACAAAGAAGAGAAUGACCAUAUUAUUGCUGUUGUAAAGAAUUUAAAUAAUAAUGUUGAAGAAGAAAUUCGUUGUCAGUAUUUGGUAGGGUGCGAUGGUGUACAUUCCGGUGUCAGGAAAGGAAUAAGUGACUGGACUUAUCAAGGUCAAACUUUGAAAUCUUCGUGGGCCUUAGCUGACGUAGAAAUUGAACAUGAAUUAGUUAGAUACGACCAAGCAACCGCUUUCUCUCUUGGUGAAGGACCUCUUGUGAUUAUACCGUUGGAUGCUAGGAAAAAUAAUUACCGUAUAGUUAUCAAAAUUGCUGACGAAGAGGAUAAACAUGAUACUAACAACGGUGUUACACAUGGACUCACAAAUGAAAAGCCCAUUACGAUUGAUGAACUGCAGAAAAUAUUUGAUGAAAGAAUUGCUCCGAUUAAAAUGGAACUAAAGAAUCCUGUAUGGAUUUCCAAUUUCAGGAUUAAUGAAAGGAUUGUAAAUAGAUAUCGAACAGGUCGUGCGUUUGUCGCUGGAGAUUCUGCUCACUGUCAUUCGCCAAUUGGAGGUCAAGGCAUGAAUUUAGGAAUUCAGGACGCUCAUAACUUAGCAUUCAAAUUGGUUCUAGCUAUUCGGAAUCAGGUAGUUGACGUUAAUAAAAUUCUUGAUAGCUAUGAACAGGAACGAUAUCCCGUCGGUAAAAAUGUUGUUUCAGGUACUGGCUUUAUUACGAAAAUGUUGGGUAGCAAUGAUAUUAUUACUACAUUCCUCCGAACGCGUGUAGCUCCUUUUAUGUUUCAUUUCUUUCCUCAAGCUACACUUAAUGCUCAAAGUAAUUUACUCCAAAUUCAACUUAAUUACUUGCCUGAGACAUCCGAUAUACUUCACAAGUAUAAACCUCGUUCAGGCACAGAUAACAAAUUGGUCAAAGCAGGUCAUUUCGCAAUGGAUGGACUAUUAAUGAAAAUAAUCCCUCAAAAAAUUCAUGAUCACGUAACUUUGUAUGAUGUUUUACGUUCAACGGCAUUGAAACACACUUUAAUAUUAUUUACUCUAAAAAAGGGUGUCACUGCUGAUUGUAAUCCACUUAUUGAUACGUUAUUAAAGAUCUAUCAUACCUAUAAAACUACUAUCACUCCUAUUAUUAUUUCAUUUCAAGGCGUCGUCCAGACCGCUGAUAUACCAUUCAUGCCAUUCCUAGAAGAAGGCAGAGAACAGCAUAUAUUUGCUGAGUUCAGAUUUGAAUUGCAUGAAAAAUAUGGAAUCACCAAGGAGGUCGGGAAGCAGGCUUUUGUACUUGUUCGACCUGAUUUAUACAUUGCUAGUGCAGUGUAUGAAGAUGAUGUUGAUGAACUGAAAGCAUUUCUAGAUGGUUAUUUGGUCAAGGCAGAUAGAUAG